AUGCCCCAAGAUCCGAAUUUGUACGGUCAGCGACCAGUCAAGAAGCAAAAGCGGGAUGCAACAUUAACAAGCUCGCUCGACUUCACUGCUCAACUGACAUCACUGAUGUCAAAUAAUUCAUCAGGGGCACCAUCUGCUGGUCGCGCACGCCCGCGCAAGGAAGGCAAAGAAGACAUAUUCAAAGGGACAAAACCUAAACGAAGCAAAGAGUCUCAUGGAUCAAAGAAGCUGGAGCUGAAGGAGAUCACUGGCACAGAAGAGGAAACUCAGGAGUUGGCGCGAGCCAAGCGCAGAAUGGAGGAAAAAGCACGGCUAUACGCUGCGAUGAAGCGAGGAGAUUACGUCCCAAAAGAAAAUGAAGCCGCGCCACUGAUAGAUUUCGAUCGCAAAUGGGCAGAAGGAGAAGAAGGGAAGGAAAAUUAUGAAACAAGCAGCGAUGAAGACGGAGCCGACGACAGCGGCGAGAUGGUUGAAUAUGAAGAUGAGUUUGGUCGUCUACGAAAAGUUACCAAAGCAGAGAAGGACAGAUUGGAGCGCAGAGCGCGCCGAGGUCUACUAGGAGCCGAAGAGCUUGAGCGCAUGUCUGCAAGGCCAGCAGCGCCCAGCAAUCUCAUCAUUGGCGACGCGAUUCAAUCGAUGGCCUUCAAUCCCGAUGACCCGGAGAAGAUGCAGGAACUGGCGCGGAAGCGAGACCGUAGCGCAACGCCGCCGCCAGCGCAGCACUACGACGCAGACUGGGAGAUCCGCACGAAAGGCACGGGAUUUUUCAAGUUCAGUAAGGACGAAGAGACUCGAACGGCGGAGAUGGAGGGGCUCGCGGAAGAGCGCCGCAAGACGGAAGAGCAGCGUCGGGCCCGAGAGGAGCAGAAGGAGGCUAGGAGACGGGAGAUUGAGAAGCGGAGGGAGGAUAUGGCGGCACGGAGGGCCAAGAAACAGGCUGAUUCCUUCUUGGAUAGGCUAGGGAAUUAA